GUUAGCCGCCCGCGUGUGUGUGUCUUUCCGGUCAGGUCCAUGGGCAUUCAUGGCUUGUAACUUGUUGCAGCCGGAGCGUUGUUAUUAAAGCGAGAGGGAGAGAGGGAGAGACAGGCAGGGAGCGGCGCCAUUUUGUUCCCUUUUUAAAAAGAACUCUCCUCGCCCCAGUUAUUACCAGCCAGUGCGAGGGAGCGACAGAUUAUGGCGAAGAAAACCUACGAUUUACUCUUCAAGCUGCUGCUUAUCGGCGAUUCGGGCGUGGGCAAGACCUGCGUGCUUUUCAGGUUCUCGGAUGACGCCUUUAACACCACUUUUAUCUCUACUAUAGGAAUUGACUUUAAAAUCAAAACAGUGGAACUACAUGGAAAGAAGAUCAAAUUGCAGAUAUGGGAUACAGCAGGACAGGAGCGAUUUCACACCAUUACCACUUCCUACUACAGGGGAGCAAUGGGAAUCAUGCUAGUCUAUGACAUCACGAAUGCAAAAAGCUUUGAAAACAUCAGCAAAUGGCUGAGGAACAUAGAUGAGCAUGCGAAUGAAGAUGUAGAGAGGAUGUUACUAGGCAACAAAUGUGACAUGGAAGACAAACGAGUGGUGCCGAAAUCUAAAGGAGAGCAGAUUGCCAGAGAACAUGCAAUUAGGUUUUUUGAGACAAGUGCAAAAGCUAAUAUCAACAUUGAGAAAGCAUUCCUCACAUUAGCAGAAGACAUACUUCAAAAGACUCCUGUAAAGGAACCGGACAGGGAAAAUGUAGAUAUCAGCACUACAGGUGGUGGAACAGGAUUGAAGAAAUGCUGUAGCUGAGCGAUCCCUGUGGAAAUGUACUUCCUGCAUUCUAAAUGUCCUUUCCCAUUAAAACAAAAUUCUCAUUAACCUUAGUUCUUGCAUCUUGCCUGCUUCACAAACACAACUUUGAAAACCUGUAUAGAAUCAUGUCUGUGACUCACUGUCUCAUUUUAAAUGUGUGUGCUCAACUCACUACAUUUGGUUGUAUUAUAGUUAAAUUCAUUAUCAAAGUAACAAUGGUUUCAACUCAUCAAAUUGUAUAAGAAUAAAAGUUAGAAUUAACAAAUUUUUGUACAACAGUGGAAUUUUCUCUUAUGUAUGAUGUACUUUUUAAUUUGUACAUUUGUGCAAAAAAGUGGAAUUCGAGACACUCGUAGACUGCUUUCCUUUGUCGGUGGGAUUGAUUUUGUCUUGUGCCUUAUUUGAAAAUGGGCGUAACAGAAUGACUGCAGAGGCAGAAGACCAGUUCUCACUUGGCUGUUUUACGAUGUACUUCAAUACAAACCCAUUAUAGCUGCCAAUGUCUAAACAAAAUUUUAUUUUGGUGUUGAAUUCCAGUAUUUCUUGAUCAAUAUUUCCUGAAUGCAGACAUUUUUAUCUUCAUCAAAAAAAUUAUUUAUGCAUGUCAUGCUGCAUUUUUAGUGAUUUCUCCCUUAAUCUUGUCAUUUUCUGUAAUUAUGGCCCACUGAAGAAAACUUUUAGGAUAAUUGUACUUUGGUAACAAGGCAUCGGAUAACACGUUGAUGAGCUGGCAGUUCUGCAGCCUGAAACAUAUUCUCUCUGCCAAUAUCAGGACAUCACAUUUACCAAGCAAUCCAGGUAUCCUAUGAUUGGCUUUUUGGAAUCUGUUUUCUCAGCUCUUGAAAAUUUUGUUUGGUUCAAUUUGAUAACCUGCAGCUUUCAAGUAGCCAAAUGGGAUGUUUUCCAGUCACUUCAGAGUGAUUAUCUUCCUCCAGAUGUCUCUUUCCAUUUCUCAUUGGGUGGCGGUUUCUGAAGAGACUUUCUUGGAAGUGUUGAAAUUGGUGUAGUGCUAUAAUACUUUUUAAAAGGCUGCUUUGCAUUAAAAUGGAUGAGCAAGUUUGUGUCUUGGGAUUACUGAUUAAAUACAAUGAAAUAUUUCA